AUGGUUGCUCAGGAGAGAUUCACUGUGGAUCUUAAUAAGCCCCUUGUGUCCCAGGUUGGUCAUCUUGGAGAAGCUUACGACGAAUGGGUUCACCAACCUAUCGUGACCAAGGAAGGUCCUCGGUUUUUCGAGAGUGAUUUUUGGGAGUUCUUGACCCUUACAGUUUGGUGGGCGAUUCCUGUCAUUUGGUUGCCAGUUGUAGUCUGGUGCAUCUCAAUGUCAGUAAGCAUGGGCCAUUCCCUUCCCGAAGUCGUCGCAAUGGUAGUCUUUGGAAUGUUUCUCUGGACGUUUAUAGAAUACAUUCUUCACCGGUUCCUUUUCCACAUGAAAACCACGAGUUACUGGGGAAACACUGCACACUAUCUUCUUCAUGGAUUCCAUCACAAGCACCCAAUGGACCACCUUCGACUCGUCUUUCCUCCUCUGGCAACAGCGAUUAUAUGUGUUUUUUUCUGGAACCUCGUGAAGUUUUUCGCAACCCCUUCAACCACACCUGCAGUGUUUGGAGGCGGAUUGCUCGGGUACGUGAUAUACGAUGUCACUCACUACUACCUUCACCAUGCCCAUCCAACUAUAUCAGUGACCAAAAGUCUCAAGAAAUACCAUUUGAAACAUCACUUCAGAAUUCAGGAUAAGGGAUUUGGUGUGACUUCGUCGUUAUGGGACAUAGUGUUUGGGACACUUCUCACCACAAAAGCCCCUAAAAGAGAUCAACAGAACUAA